UUGUCCGCUGCUCUAUUUCCUCUACCCUUUUCCUCCCCUUUCCGCGCCGUAUCGUUUGGGUCUCCAAAACCCUCUUCGCCGUUCUCAUCCCCACCGCUACCACUUUUCGUGAGUACAUCUCGAUCGCAUCUCCUUAGCUUUACUUCCCUCGGUUGUUCUGGGAAUCGGUUCUUCGCUGGUCGCCGCGGUCGCACUCCUCCGCCAGAUCUCCUCCUUCCGUUAAGUGUAUGCAACUGGUUAGGUAGCUACUGCCGCUGAGCUGUACCAACGGGACUUCAUGAUGAAGUUUUUCUUGAUGUUGUUGUAUGUGGUGGCGCUGUGGCUAAAAAUUUUUUGCACAAUAGCUAGAAAUUGUCUUGAGAGAAGUCACCCUGGAAUCAGCAUGGGUAUCUACCUAAGCAGUCCAAAAACUGAGAAAUUUUCUGAAGAUGGUGCCAAUGCCAGGCUUAGGUUUGGUUUGUCAUCUAUGCAAGGAUGGCGUGCAACUAUGGAAGAUGCGCAUGCUGCUGUGCCGGAUCUUGACAAUUGCACAUCAUUCUUUGGCGUUUAUGAUGGUCAUGGAGGAAAAGUAGUAGCCAAAUUCUGUGCAAAAUACCUGCACGCUGAAAUUCUCAAGUGUGAGCCUCAGUUGGGUGGUGAUUUAUCUGCUUCAGUACAAAAAGCAUUUUUAAGGAUGGAUGAGAUGAUGAAAGGACAGAGAGGAUGGAGGGAAUUAGCUGUACUGGGGGACAAAAUGGACAAGUUCACAGGUUUAAUUGAAGGAUUGAUAUGGUCCCCAAGGGGUGGUUAUUCCAGUGAACAUUUAGAUGAAUGGGCAUAUGAGGAGGGACCACAUUCUGAUUUCUCUGGACCGACAUCUGGAAGCACAGCUUGUGUGGCAGUCAUUAGAAACAACCAACUCAUUGUUGCAAAUGCUGGUGAUUCUCGUUGUGUACUCUCGAGGAAGGGUCAGGCAAUUAGUUUGUCAACAGACCACAAACCAUAUCUUGUUGAGGAGAAGGAAAGGAUCGUAAAAGCAGGUGGUUUUAUUCAAGCAGGACGAAUAAAUGGAAGCUUAAACCUCACUAGAGCAAUUGGCGACAUGGAAUUCAAGCAAAACAAGUUUUUACCUGCUGAGAAGCAAGUUGUGACAUGCAAUCCAGACAUAAACAUUGUGGAGCUAUGCGAUGACGAUGAAUUUCUCAUUUUAGCCUGUGAUGGAGUCUGGGAUUGCAUGACAAGCCAGCAACUGGUGGAUUUCAUCAAUGAGCAUAUAAAAACGGAGAGCUGCCUGUCUGCAGUCUGUGAAAGAGUGUUGGACCGGUGUCUGGCACCAUCCACCAUUAGUGGAGACGGAUUGGACAACAUGACGAUGAUACUGGUGCAAUUUAAUAAGCCUAUCAGACCUGAUGCUCCUCAUCCAUAAAAAUGAUGAUGCAGGGGUGAGACUGAAGCUCCAAGUGAUCCUGCUGUAGAUUUGAAGUGUGUUGUACAUAGCAAUAUAUCCUCUUGAAGGUUACAGCGUAUACAUUUGGACAAAAUCAUCAUAUGGCACUGAAUUAGUUGUGGGCGAUCCCAAAGUUGCCAUCCUUAACCCGAUAGUUAGUAUCGAAUGUAUAAAGCAGUAUUCAUUUGGUUUAUGGAGUGCCUUAGAACUAAAUGGUUGACUUUACUCUUCUCA